CAGAGAUAUUGGAUAUUGGACUGAAAUGCUCGUAGCCUAAAUUUGUGCGUUACUUUGUCACGGAUUAUUUUGAAGACCUCAACAGCUCAGCGCAAUCUUCGCUAUCAUCGGAAAAGUUGGCUGCAUAAGUCAUCUAGUUUCUGUCAGUGCAAUUAAAAUGUCACAUGUUUUACGUAAUGUACAGUUCUCCCAUCAUUUGAAUUCAUUCAGACGUUAUCUCAAACCUUCAUUUCUGAACCACUCAAGAAAGUUUAAUGAAAACUCUACUCCUGCUUCCACGAUAGUAAACGUUCGAUUUGUUGAUCGGAACGGUAGCAUCAGACAUGUUGAAGGGGCAGUUGGAGAUAAUUUAAUGAUAUUAGCCCGCCGGCAUAAUGUUGAAAUAGAGGGGGCUUGUGAAGGUUCUCUGGCAUGUUCUACUUGCCAUGUCUAUAUUGAUCAAAAAUUUUAUGAUCUGCUCCCACCUGCUUCUGAGGGAGAGGAAGAUAUGUUAGAUCUAGCUGUUUUCCUACAAGAAAACUCUAGGUUAUCUUGCCAAAUAAUGCUGACCAAAGAACUAAAUGGGAUGACAAUCACUUUACCAAAGGCUACACGAAAUUUCUAUGUCGAUGGACAUAUUCCACAGCCUCAUUAAUUGUCAUCAUCUUAAGAUAACUUUAUGUAUAUUGUAUAUAGUAGUACCAUCAUAGGAAUUAAAUAAAAGAAACAUUAUUUUCUGCAACUUGUUUCUUCUGCAUUUCACUGUAAUAGUCAAUUUUCAAUUGGCAUGUUGAUAUUUUUCAUUGUUAUAUUUUUUUGGUUCCGUUAUCGUAAAUUUAUUGAUAUACCACAUUUCAAUCUGAUUUAUUACACCAUCUGUUUAUUACGAAAGCAUGUUAUUUAAUUCAGCCUUAUUUAACUUAAUUUUUUCAUUAGCAGAGCAUAUAUGUACAACUCCAUCAUACUCCUAAAAAACGAAUCACUGAUUCAUUUAGAUAGCUGCAUAGUGUUUAUUCAAAU